GCUUCACCCUGGAGAUAACCUGCUUAGCCUCAAUGGCCUUCGAUGUGCUCCUGGAACAAGCUGGAGGUCUGGGGAGAUUUCAGAUCCUUCAGAUGGCUCUCUUUUUUGUCGCCAAUAUUAUAGCAUAUCCUCAUAUUCUGUUGGAGAACUUCACUGCCGCAGUCCCUGGGCAUCGCUGCUGGGUCCCCCUCCUGGACAACCACACCGCCUCUGGCAAUGACUCUGACAUCCUCAGCCAAGACGCCCUCCUGAGAGUCUCCAUACCGAUAGACUCAAACCUGAGGCCAGAGAAGUGCCGUCGCUUCACCCAUCCCCAGUGGCAGCUCCUUCAUCUGAACGGGACCUUCCCCAAUAUAAGUGAGUCAGACACAGAGCCCUGUGUGGAUGGCUGGGUGUACGAUCGGAGCUCCUUCUCCUCCACCAUUGUGACUAAGUGGGACCUCGUCUGUGAGUCUCAGUCACAAAAAUCAGUGGUUCAAACCCUGUUCAUGAGUGGGUCGCUGCUGGGAAGUCUGAUAUUUGGCUAUCUUUCAGACAGGUAUGGGCGGAAGGGGAUAUACACAUGGUGUCUCCUCCAGAUGGCCAUCUCUGACACCUGUGCAAUUUUUGCCCCCACCUUCAUCAUCUUCUGCACUCUACGCUUCUUGGCUGGGUCCUCUAUUGGAAUUAUUAUGUCAAACUCUUUAAUUCUCAUAACAGAGUGGACCAUGCCCAAAUCACAACAUAUAGGAGUAACGCUAACAUUUUGUUCAUUCAGUAUUGGGCAGAUGCUUCUGGGAGGAUUAGCUUUUGCAAUUCGAGACUGGCACACACUGCAUCUGACUGUGUCUAUACCUUUGUUUGUCCUCUCAUUGCUCUCCAGGAGGCUGGUGGAGUCUGCUCGGUGGCUGGUUACCACCAAUCGGCUAGAGGAGGGCACCAAGGCACUUAGAAGGGUUGCACGCAUCAAUGGAAAAGAGAGUGCUGGAGAGAUCCUGACGGCUGAGUUUGUGAGAUCCAACAUGCAAGAGGAGCUGGACAAAGCCCAGAACAAACCAUCAGCAUUCCAGGUGCUCCGUGCACCCAAGCUGUGCCUGAGAGUCUGCUGCCUUGGCUUUGUGAGACUGGGAGCCACUGUGCCAUUGAUGGGCCUGAUACUCAACCUACAGGAGCUGGGGAGCAGUAUCUUCAUGUUCCAGGUCAUCUUUGGAGCUGUCACAUUCAUAUCCAGAUAUUCUGCUUAUUUGAUGAUGAAGCACACGGGUCGUCGAAUCAGCCAGUCCCUGUUUUUGUUCCUGGUAGGACUAUUCAUUGUGGUCAACACCUUUUUGCCCAGAGAAAUGCAGACUCUACGUGCGGUAUUAGCAACUUUGGGACUUGGUGCUGCUUCUGCUGCCACCACUGCGUUUUCUGUCCACCACAUAGAACUCAUCCCUACCAUGUUCAGGUCAACACUAUCUGGAGUCAAUAAUAUGUUUGGUAGAGUUGGGUCAGUACUGGCCCCCCUCCUGAUGACCUUAGUGGUAUAUUCUCCCCACCUGCCCUGGAUCAUGUAUGGAGUCUUCCCCAUCCUUUGUGGCCUGAUUGUCUUCUGCCUUCCGGAAACCAGGAAUCAGCCUCUUCCUAACACCAUUCAGGAUGUGGAAAAGGACUCAAAAAAAUUAAGAAGAGUAAAUCAGGAAGAUACUUGCAUGAAAGUAACACAAUUUUAAGGAAUUCUCAAGAGUGGACCUGAAGCACAAAAUAUAAGAGGGAAAAAAAAUCAAGAUUGUUCCUGUAUACCUAUAAAACCAACCACAAUGCAGUGGAUAAAUGGAUGCCUUUUACAAUUGUGGCACUAAAUAUAUCAAUUUUCCCCAAAUAAUUUGUGAUUUGUAAGUUUAAGUAAUUCCAGCGAGCAGUUGUUUGUUUUGAGAAGUAGUUGCAAGAGUAGUUCCAAAUUCUUCUAUAAAUAACAGUCAAGAUGAUUUAGAAAAAAAAAUGGAAUUUUCAUGUGAUCUAGACAUCUAACUUCUGAGUAUAUUUUAAAAGGAAAUGAAAUCACUGUGCUGAUUGAUAUCUGCCCUCUAAUGGAGUCAACCUAAAUGGCUAACAGAUAAUGGAUAGAUAAAGGAUAGUAUAGAUACACAGGAACUAUUAUUCAUCUGUUAGAAGAAGAUCAUAUCUUUGCAACCACAUGGAUGGACCUGGAGGACAUUAUGUUAAGUGAAAUAAGCCAAGCACAGAAAGACAAAUACUGCAUGAUUCCAUUCAUAUGUAGGAGCCAUAAUAAUUUGAUUUCAUAGAAAUAGGGGAUGGUAGUUUCCUGAGGCCGAUGAGUGAGGGGAGUGUUUGGGAGCUAUGGGUCAAAGAAUAUGAAAUUACAGUUGUGCAGGAUGAGUAAAUUCAAGAGAGCUAUUGUACACCUGGUGACAGUAGUUGAUAACAUGUUGUACUCUUGAAAACUGCUAAGAUAGUGGAUGAAGUUAUCACUAUAAAAAUGAUGACUAAGUGAUAUGUAUAUGUUAAAAAACUAGAUUUAACCAUUCUUCAAUGCAUAUAUACUUCGAAAGUCAUGUUUUAAAUGAUAAAUGCAGACAAUUUUAUCUGUGAAUUCAAAAAUUAAAUCUGAAAAAAGGAGGCACAUGGAUGACAAAGAGGCUCAAAUAUGAUGAAAUGAAUGCUGGACUUUAAGAAACUACAGUCAUGAGAACAGCAAUAGAAAAUCCAACCACAAGUCAUGAUAAUUCCAGACCCACACUCAUGCAUGUACAAAUAACAUAUGACACUCUGCACCAAAAGUCAGUUCUUAAUUGAAAAAUUAUGUAAUAAGCUUUUUAGAAAUAAAUCUAGAAAAAUUA